CAGUCGGAGGCGCGGGGUUACUCUAUACCGCAGACCCGAGCUCGAGCCAUGCGGACCGAGGGACGUGACGUGUCACGACGCACAAGGUUAAGGCGAGCGUUCCCACUAGGCACAGCUCAAACCCUACCCCGCCUUCUUUGCCAGACACGCUUCGCGUUUCCUACGGCUUCCCGUAGUCCCGCUGAGUCUCGCGAGACCGUGGCAGCCCGCCGCAGAGAACGCUUCCGGGAGGUUACCGUGGCGCGGCGGAGUCUCUCGGCCUGCGGGAGCGCGGGCUCGGGAACCGGAUUCCGGCGGGCUGGCCAUGGACCGCGACUUGAUGCGACAGUCGCUGGGCUGUCACGGUCCGGCGCUGCUGUCGCUGCUGCGGAGCGAACAGCAAGACAACCCGCACUUCCGGAGCCUCCUGGGCACGGCGGCCGAGCCCACCCGCGGCGCGGCACCUCCUCAGGGAGCUGGCAGGAAAGAGAAGAGAGCUGACAACAUAGAAAUACAAAAAUUCAUCUCCAAAAAAGCAGACCUGCUUUUUGCCCUGUCUUGGAAAUCAGAUGCGCCUACGUCCUCUGAAGUGCAUGACGACACUGACAAUCAUUAUGCGGUCAUGCCACCAUUAGAGCAGUUCAUGGAGAUCCCAGGCCUGGACCGGAGAGAGCUGUUUUUCCGAGAUAUUGAGCGUGGUGAUAUAGUGAUUGGAAGAAUCAGCUCUAUUCGAGAGUUCGGUUUUUUCAUGGUGUUGAUCUGUUUGGGAAGUGGCAUCAUGAGGGACAUAUCUCACUUAGAGAUCACAGCUCUUUGUCCCUUAAGAGAUGUGCCUUCUCACAGUAACCAUGGAGAUCCUUUAUCGUAUUACCAAACUGGUGACAUAAUUCGAGCUGGAAUCAAGGACAUUGACAGAUACCAUGAAAAGCUUGCAGUAUCUCUGUACAGCUCAUCUCUUCCCCCACACCUGUCUGGCAUUAAACUAGGUGUGAUUACUUCUGAAGAGCUACCUUUGUACUACAGGAGGAGUGUUGAACUAAAUAGUAAUUCUUUGGAGUCCUAUGAAAAUAUCAUGCAGAGUUCUCUGGGAUUUGUUAAUCCAGGAGUAGUUGAAUUCCUUCUAGAGAAACUAGGAAUAGACGAAUCUCGUCCGCCAUCAUUACUGAGAGGCCUGCAAAGCAAAAAUUUCUCUGAAGAUGAUUUUGCUUUGGCUUUAAGAAAGAAGCAGUCAGCAUCUUGGGCUUUAAAAUGUGUGAAGAUUGGGGUCGAUUAUUUUAAGGUUGGACGACAUGUGGAUGCUAUGAACGAAUACAAUAAAGCUCUGGAAAUAGACAAACAAAAUGUGGAAGCUCUGGUAGCUCGUGGAGCAUUAUAUGCAACAAAAGGAAGUCUGAACAAAGCAAUCGAAGAUUUUGAGCUAGCAUUAGAAAACUGCCCAACUCACAGGAAUGCAAGAAAAUACCUCUGCCAGACUCUUGUAGAAAGGGGAGGGCAGUUAGAAGAAGAAGAAAAGUUUUUAAAUGCUGAAAGUUACUAUAAGAAAGCUCUGGCUUUGGAUGAGACUUUUAAAGAUGCAGAGGAUGCUUUGCAGAAACUUCAUAAGUAUAUGCAGAAAUCUUUGGAAUUAAGAGAAAAACAAGCUGAAAAGGAAGAAAAGCAGAAAACAAAGAAAAUAGAAACAAGUGCAGAAAAGUUGCGUAAGCUCUUAAAAGAGGAGAAAAGGCUAAAGAAGAAAAGAAGAAAAUCAUCAUCUUCCUCUUCAAGUGUUUCUUCUGCUGAUGAAUCCGUUUCUUCUUCCUCAUCUUCUUCCUCUUCUAGUCACAAACGGCAUAAGAAAAGUAAGAGGAAUCGCUCAGAGUCUUCUCGCAGUUCAAAGAGGCACUGGUCUAAGGCAUCCUUGAGUCACAUAGAUCAGAGUAGGAAAGAUGACUGCUACCCAGUUCCAACUAAUACUUCAGCAUCUUUCCUUAAUCAAAAGCAAGAAGUGGAGAAACUUCUGGAAAAACAGGAUAGGUUACAAUGUCCAAGCACACAGGUAAAAGAGAAAGAGCGCUGCCUUCUCACAUCUUCAGCUGAAGUGCCAGAUGACUUGGGAGGUAGGUCUGAAGACACAAGAGAUUUCUACAAUAGCUAUAAAACCCACACAGGUAGUAGCAAAACUGAAAAGCCAUAUAAAUCAGAAAAAUAUUUCUCCAAUAGGAGAAAUUCCUUGGAUUCCUUCUGUAGGAAUUCAGAGGACAAGAUGAAAGCAUCUAGUUACAGGAGAUGUGAAAAGGACACAGAGGGAAGAAAAGACCACUCUAGAAGGUGGGAGCCGGGGUCUGGGAAGUACUCUACUUCACCAGCAAGUUCAGACUACUCUUGGAAGUCACUUGAAAAACACAAAAAAUACACUUACUCUGGAUCACGUGACAGUAGACAUGAGCCAAGAUAUCAGCUAAAUACAAAUCAGGGAGAACGUGCGUAUGAAAAGGAGGAUAGCUAUGGGGAGGGUGACAGAACUGAGCCUCCAGAAGAGACACUGAAUAGCAGAGAGCAACCAGAAAGCAAAGUUAAGAAAAAUUUACCUCAGAAUUUACUCAAUAUAUUUAAUCAGAUAGCAGAAUUUGAGAAAGAAAAAGGAAAUAAGCCAAAAAAAUAAUUUGCUUAGAAAAUUUUCACUAAAUUUUCAGAAGUUUGGGGAUGCUUUAAUCUAACAAACGGUUCUGGAUCUAAAACUAUAGCAAAUUACAAGAAGUUUCUCAGUUUCAGUUAUCAGCCCCUUGUCAUAGCCAGUGCUGCAGGGUGUGGGUCUGUGCAGACACAACUCUUACUCUGGCAGUUUAAGCUUUUCUCGUAAAGAUAUUUCUGAGCACUUUGUUUCUUCAUGUUUGGGGUUUGUGAGAACCCUGUGCCUAUCAUAUUUCGCUGUUGGAGAGAAAUAUGUUUACGUUGAACAGUUGGAUUGUUUUAUCAAAAAGUACUUUAUUCUCUUUUGUUAAAAAGCCCUUAGCUUCUUAGGGGAAAUAUUUUAUGGCUAAAUGUUUCAACGGUACUAUUUUAAGUCAUUUGUUUUAAGCAUUAAAAUUUUUGCACCAUUUCAUUUUUAAGUGAUAAAUUAUGACUUGAUUUACCUCUAACACCUGAUGUAAAUGGUUUGUGAAAAUUGUUUUCUUCCCAGCUUUAACAGAAUACCUUAAGAAUAAGACCAUGAAAGUUGGUUAAUCAGAGCCUGCUUUAUUUAUUUCUCCAUUAUUAUUUUUACUUAAUGGCUAUAUUCAUAAGAAAAAUUUUAACUUUAAGUAUUUACAAAAUCCUUAGGGAUUUAUAGACAAGCAGAUGAGAAUAGAAAAGAACUGCUAGUAAAAAUAGCAGCAGAGAAGCACCCUGUGAAUCUGGUUGCCUUCUGUCGUACCUCGCAAAUGCUUGGGAAGUCAAUAGGCAUGUUUCCAAAUAGUGGAGGGCUGGCUUGAAGUUCCCUCUUCUUCUACUCUACUACCUUCUCUGUCUGUUCUCUGAAUCAUAGUGAAGGAUAGAAUCAGUUCCAGGCCUCUGCAAUGGCUCAGUAGAUAAAAGACUCUCCAAACUGAUGACCUGAGUGCAGUCCUGAGACUCAAGGCCUAGGGAGAGAACUGACUCCCAAAGUGUCCUCUGACAGCCAUACACAAACACAGUAGCUACACACAAACAGCUCUUCAAUUAACCUUCUAGAAAGUGUAAAUAAACACCAGGCGGUGGUGAUACACACCUUUAAUCCCAGCCCUCUGUGAGUUCAAUCAAGGUUAGUCUGGUUUACAAGAGCAGAGCUACUUCCAGGACAGGCACCAAAGUUACACAGGAAAAAAAAAAAGGAAUAAGUAAAUGGCAAUGAGCUUUUAAUCUCUUCUUGGUCAUUGGAUAGGAUCCACAACUGUAGAUGGUAGUUUCUGUCCUGCCCAAUCCUGUAGCCAUUCAGUCCCAAAGAAACACACAGAGUCUUAUAUUAAUUAUAAACUGUUUAUCUUAUUGCCCAGGCUUAUUACUUCUAGCUCUUACAACUUAAAAUUAUCCCAUAAUUCUUACACGUGUUUAGCCAUAUAGUUUGGUUCCUUUUCUCAAGCAUUCUCAUCUUGCUUCUUCUGCUUCUGGAUGUCCCGCCUGUACUUCCUGCCUGGCCAAUCAGCAUUUUAUUAAUCCAGUAUGAGAGACGAAUCUUUACAGUAUACAAGAGUAUUAUCCACAGCACACUACAGACAUGCAUGAGGGAGAUGAGGGAGUGACAGGAAAAGAGACUCAUUGCAUGUUUGUUUAUACCAGUAAAAUACUAAAACUUUAGUAAUGAUAUGUACUAUUUGUACCAAAUUAUAAUGAUAGAAAACUACUGUAAAAACAUGAUAGGAAAAAACCUUGAUUAAGAACAAUAAAUAAUGGCAGCAGAUAUUGGAGAAUCACUUCAAUAUUAGUUUCUGUACCAAGGAACUCAUUAUUACUGUUAUUAUUGGGCAGGGAAAACAGUGAGCAUAUGUGCUACAUAUGUGGAGAUGGGAGGACAACUUGAGGGAGUCAAUUCUCUUCUACCUUAUGGGUCCCAGGAAUCACACUUGGGCUUGACAGACAGUACUCAGGCAGCCCAGCCCCGAGGAACUCUUAGACAUGCUCAGUGUAGUAAUAGUUCCAGUUUUAGUCCUACUACCUAGUCCUCCAUAGUGGGGGUUUGUUGUUGUUAAAGAGUGGAAACACCUCCCUGCACGCCACUUCAUCUUUGAGAAUUCCUAGUACGCCUUAUACUCUUACACAUAAUAUCUUACUUAACCCUUAAGAGAGUGCCUUGUGGGGCAGGCUAUCACAAUUUGGAAACUACAGGCUUCCUAAUAGGAUUACAUCUUUCUUAAUAGGAAAAGACAUACUAAUUUAAGCAGUCUGCACUAAUCUAAGCAUCCAGUUCCUUGGGUUAUUUAAGGAGUCAUCACAGAAAAAAAAAAUAUUGCGGAUUUUAAUUGAUCCUCAGUGAUGGCUUCAGUAGUUUCUUUCUUUCACAUUAAUAUGUCCAUAGUGUAUAUGUACCCCGGUUAGCUUUGUCCUGUGACUUCUGGGUGUUAAGAUAACUCCAGAUCUGUAAACAGGUUGAUCCUUUGUCUCGCCAUUUAGCAUUAUUAUAAGCAGUUGUAGUAAUUAAAUGUAAACUUGGAUGCUGGGCAUUCCAGACUAGGGGCUAGAAGUAACUCCAUAGGUAGAAAUUAACUACUUAAAGUACAAUUACUAUGCUUCAAGGCCAGUAUGUUUUGCUUAUAUCUUAAUUACUUCAAUAAGACCUUGAUAAAUUAAUCAUCCUUGUAUUACAGGGAAAAAAGCAUAGAAAAGUAAGCCUCCUAGUAAGAAACAAAACUCUUGCCUUCGUAUAACACCAAGUUUAAUGUUUUAAGUUUCUAGUAACUUACAAAGUAAUAUAUGACUGAGAAUUACAAUAUUGGUAAACAAAAUGAUGAUGGGAUUAAAUGUCAUACAUUUUUGGCAGCAUUCAACUAUAAAGUGUCCACGAUUUUCUUUGCCAUUUCAGUUAUUAGACUUAACUAUACGUUCCUGUUUCUGAAUUAAAAGCGAUCGUCAGUAGAAACAGAUUUACUAACACUACUGCUUUUUUUUACAAUCACUCUUGUAAUGCGUAUUUUUCUCAAGGUUUAAAGAUAUGCUCCUUUAUCUACAUGAAUGCUAAUGUAUUUAAAUCUAGCUUUAUAGUAGUAGUUCACACUCUCAUCCAAAAAGUUCAGUGCUGGAAAAACUCACUUUAAAUAUAAUAUGCAAUAUCUACCUCCAUUAUAAAUGUAAAAUGUUCAGCUUUUUCAAGAUCAGAAUAGAGACAGCAACUCAAGUUGUACUUUCUGUAUACAUAUAUAGGGAUAAAUAUAUAUGGACACACAUAUAUACAUAUACAAUGCUUUUCUUUCCGAGGGAGUAUAAUGUUAAUGAUGCUGUCUUUUGUUACAAAUUAAAACCUCCCCCCCCCCCAAAAAAAGGCCUUUAACAGGUAGGUGUGUGUUACCCUCGGGGGAAAAAAUGGGGGAAUAUGGUUGUUGUUUGCUUUUUGUUUUUAAUUUUAAAAAGUAAUUUUGUGAUUUAGAGUAAAUGAAAAUUUCCUUAUUGAGAUAUGCAGUGACUCUUUGGAAGUGUAUUCCUGAAAGAAUCUUACUUCAUAUAUGUGUUACUUCAUAAAACAUCUAACACUAUAGACAUCAGUGUUCUAGGAAAAAAAAUGAUUUCCCUCUGCCUAAUCACAUGUGUCCUGCCUAAGGUUCUGCAGUUUCCUUUUCUAUGGCGGGGGGUGGGGGGGGCUCCUUUGUCUGGUCUGCAGUACUUCCAAUAUUAUUUUAGUAGGCCUAUAUCGUUAAUAAAUGGAACCCCAGAAAAAGGAAGACUUAAAUUAUUUGCUGGGCUUUUUUCCUUUUGGAGUACUUGAAUUACUGCCAUUACUAGCUGACCUAGAACUACUGCUUCCUGUUGGAGAUUCUGGGAAGCUGAGCUGUAAUACUUUAACUGAAGGUGGAGAAACAGGAGAAAUUGUGUCCUCAAGCGACCUAAAACAAGAAAGGAUUUACUGUAAACUUAAUGCAAAAUGUACUUUAAAAAUAUCUUAUUGGCAAAAAGUAUCAUAAUUCUAUAAGUAAAGAACAAGAAAAACCAUUAGUGUUAAUGAAAUUUAAAAGUAUGACCAUUCUUUCAAAAGAAGAAAUGAACAUAGUUUAAGUAAAUAGUUCAAUAAUUGUUUCUGUGAGCAAGUUAUUUUCAACUGUAAUCAGUUUCUUAGAAUUGGAAGCAGUAGUUUAUCAAGUGGCAAAAAAGGAGGAGAAAGUACUUGGGAAAGGCAUCAAAAUGUUAAUCUUAAGUCAUUUAAGCUGAAGAGGAAAGGGAUGUGUUGGCAGGAGAAAUGGUGAGCUUGUUUGGAAAAUAGCCAUUCAGUUCUAAAAUAAUGUGUUUUAUAAAAAGUACAGAAAUUUUAAUAUGUAAUAGUAAGUAAUUCGGUUCUAAAAUAUAUUUUAUAAAAAGUACAGAAAUUUUAAUAUGUAAUAGUAAAUAUAUUGAGUGACUUAAAAUAUGUAGAAGCAGGUUAUUAAACUUAAAACACUGUCCUUGAGGAUGCUUUUUUUAUUUUUCAUGAAAGUUUCACAGACUAAUAAAAACUAGUAAAUAGCUGUCAACUGUAGGAGAUUAGAAAUCCUAAAAUCAGCUAAAAGUCAACAAAGACUUAGUGUCCAUGAUUUAUCCCACUAAUUUCUGGGUUGCAUUAAGCUAAGUAAGACAACCGCAAAUAAAAGCUGAUUACAUAGGAUUUUACACGAGCAGAUCUGAUUACAAAACUGUGCGUCUAACUUGCCCUUUUACAGUUUCAAAAGAUUUUAAAUUUUCUCAGAAUUUGCCCAAAAUGUUAGCUGUAUCACCUCAAUUUUUACCCACCCUCGUUCCCCUAAAAUAGCUUACUAGUUACAAUGAGUGUGCCUGCAAUGUUGACUGGUGCGGGAGUCUUGCUAGACUGUGCUUUUAUAGUGAGGUUGCUGAAGGUGAGGAGAGUGGGCAGCAUGCUGGUCAGCAGCAGCCCUGAGAGUUGAGGCCACACUUAGUAACCUUGCCCUUACCUGAUUGACCCCAGGGAAGACUGUGAAGAGGAUCUGGAGCUCGGGCCUUUAACUGUGGGUAGUUCUAGCCCAUUCUGGAAGAAUAUUAUAUUGUAAUAAUAAAAUAUCAUUAGUCCUGCAACAUUGUAGAAGAAAACUAAUUAGAUACAUAGACAUAUUAUGCUCUAUUACCUGCUCAAAGUAUGUUUGAAGGAUGAUGUGGAUUUCAGCAUUCUCCAUGGCAUUGACUAACAUUUGGUCAAUGUCCUUGUGAAACUGUUUAACCUCACGGAGUUGAAUGUCUUGUUCUUCUAGUGUUUCUUCUUUUGUGUCUUUCAAAAUGUGGAUUUCUCUUUUGAGUCUUCCACACUGUUAAUAACAGUCAAAUAUUAAACCUAAAUUCCACCAAGUUCAGGAAAGGGGGAUGAGUGCAUUUGGUACAUUACAGAAGUGAAUGCUAGGGACAGCUCUAAGAAAUUACCUGCUUAGUCACGCGCUCUAAUUUCGGCCGCUGCUCCUCAGUCUCUUUGCGCAGUUGAAGGGAAUAAGUUUGUUUCUCUGAUAAUUUCUCUUUGAUAUUAUUUGCUAAGUGUUCUAUGACUUCAAAAGUAUUUUCCAUGCUCUGUAGAAAACAAAAUAUCAACACAUUCAUGAUCAGAAUAAAAAAGACUUAAUUGCCAA